UUCGACCAUACCAAACUCAUCUCUUUCGCCGCUGAUAUUUCUAAACCUUAUCAUCUCUGUUGACAGAUAACCACGUGUGUAACGUGUGUUCUGUCCUAAUUUUUUUAUAAAAAACACCCCCAUAUGUUGGUAAGUGUAAUAAAUAAAUUUUGAUUCUUUCCAACUUUUGUUAUUUAUAGUAACCUAAUUAUUUCACUCCCAUAACCAUAACCAUUCUAAGCAAACAUUAUUCUCCACACAAAAGUGAGAGCAAGAUGCCGAUUAGCCAGAAAGGUUUGACGCCGAUCGCCGCCGUUCCGGUUUUCUUAGCCGUCAUUUGCUAUUUCUUCUGGGGAUCUAUCAUCGAGCCGGACCGUUUAAAAGCCUCCAAACACGUCCUCGAGGGGGCUAAGACCAUUCCCAUUCCUAACGGCCAUGGACCAGAAGGCUUAGAAUUCGAUCCACAAGGUGGAGGCCCUUACGUCGGAGUCACCGACGGUCGUAUCCUCAAAUGGAGCGGUGAAGAACUAGGCUGGGUCGAUUUCGCCCACACUUCUCCUCACAGAAAUAAUUGUACGAGGGAUGCAGUAGUACCAAGUUGUGGGAGACCAUUGGGACUUACCUUUGAUAGGAAAACAGGAGAUUUAUACAUAUGUGAUGGUUACUUUGGGCUCAUGAGGGUUGGACCAGAGGGAGGCUUGGCCGAGUUACUUCUUGGUGAUGUCGAAGGUCGUAACGUAACGUUUGCGAACCAAGGGGAUAUAGAUGAAGAGGAUGGUAUCUACUACUUCAAUGAUAGCAGCGAUCAAUACCAUUUCGGGGAAGUAUUCUACGUGUCUAUAUCUGGUGACAAGGUGGGAAGAGUAGUUAGAUACGACAUAAAGAAGAAAGAGGCCAAAGUUAUAAUGGACAAACUUCAUUUACCAAAUGGUUUAGCUGCAAGCAAAGACGGAUCGUUUGUAGUCAUCUGCGAAGGUGGUACAAGCAUUCUCCAUAGAUUAUGGGUCAAAGGUCCUAAAGCCGGGACUAGCGAAGUUUUCGCAAGGGUUCCAGGUCUUCCGGACAAUAUCAGGCGUACACCUUCGGGAGAUUUCUGGGUCGCAUUACAUUGCAAAUACAAUUUCUUCACUCGUUUGUUUCUUAGUCACUCCUUGAUCGGGAAGACUGUGAUGAAGAUAUUGAAGAUGGAGACUGUGAUUCAUCUCAUGAACGGAGGAAAACCUCAUGGAAUAGUUAUGAAACUCUCUGGAGAGACCGGGGAGGUACUUCACAUGCUUGAGGACAGUGAAGGGAAGACGAUGAAGUAUGUUAGUGAGGCUUAUGAGAGAGAAGAUGGAACGUUAUGGUUCGGGUCUGUGUAUUGGCCGGCCGUUUGGGUUAUGAAUACAUCGGUCUAUGAUCGCAAAUGAGGUAACCUAAUUAACACGCCAAGGAUGAAAUAAAAAAGAGUCACUUAGUUGUGUGAUUUGUUGAACUUUUUUGAAUAGAGCUAUAUGAUUUUGCAAAUUCUUUUAGUGUUGGUGGGACUUCUACUUGUCCGUGUGGUAUGAAAAUAAAAUUUGUUGUCGUGAGUCUCAUGACUAGAAUUGGGGGUUGACGAGAAUUAUUAAACUCCAUUUUUACUGAAA